AUGGCUGCGUCUGUGAGCAGACGACUGGCCGGUCUCCUUGUCUGGGCCUCUUGUAUCCUGGCAGCUCAUGCAUUCAUUGAAGGAUUGUACUGUGGUCAAGAGAACUGUUACGAAGUUCUUGAUGUAUCACGAGAAGCAACAAGGAAUGAAAUCACAAAGGCCUACCGAAAACUGGCCAAGAAAUGGCAUCCAGACAUGCACAAGAGAGAAGCAGAUAAAGAAAAAGCCUCCCAGAUGUUUCAGAGAAUUGCAAAUGCUUAUGAGAUUUUACGAGAUGAAGAACAGCGGACUGAUUACAACUAUAUGCUCGAUAAUCCAGAUGAGUACUACUCUCACUACUACCGAUACUACAGGCGAAGGGUGGCUCCGAAGGUUGACGUUCGUGUUGUCAUCGCUGUCGUUGUAACAGUUAUAUCUGUCGUUCAGUACUAUGGAGCAUGGAACAAUUAUCAGACAGCUUUAAGUUAUCUAUGCAAAGAUCAGAAGUAUCGCAGCAAGGCCAAAGACAUAGCCUUGGCCGAAGGUUUGCUGAAUAACAAGAAGAAAGGCAAACGAAGUAAGGAGGAAAUUAAAGAGGAAGAGGAAGCAACAAUCAAGAGAAUAAUUGAAGAUAAAAUGGAUAUCAGAGGAGGUUAUCAGAAGCCUCAGAUAACAGAUGUCUUGUGGGUACAGCUGGUUCUGUUUCCAUACCAUAUACUAAAGUACAUCGCCUGGUGGGUGCGGUGGGUGUGGAAGUUCACCAUCAAGAGGGAGGAGUACGGCCAGGAGGAGAAGCUUCAUAUCAUCCGUAAAAAUCUUGGCUUGAGUCAGCUUCAGUUUGAGGCUCUAGAAGAAAGUGAAAUAGAAGAAUAUUUGCACAAACAGUUAUGGAUAAAGGCACAUUAUAAGGAAUGGAAAGAAAAGAAAGAAAAAGAGAUGAAAUCAAAACUAGCAGAAAAUUCACGCUAUAAGAUGUACCGCAGAUAUCUGAAAAAAGGAGGACCAGGCCAGAUGACAUUUGGACCUGAUUAA